AUGGACCAACAGAGUUUAUACGAAGGUUGUCUAGAAACGGUGGUGGCGCGCAUGGUGAAGUUCUGGGGCGUGCCGCUGCUGACGGCCGGUGGGAUGACGUUCGACUACGCGAGGCCCAAACAGGGCUGCGAAGACGAGUUCUACCUGCUGGUGCGCAUCGGUACCGUCAGCUUCCGCGAGAUGGCGCACUUCGUCAUCGACAUCAUGACAGAGUACAACUGGAGGAAGGUGAUGCUGGUGUACGACAAGAACGGCUACAGACAAGUGUCCGGGAACGACACGUGCAAGAUGUACAUGCAGACCCAGGUGGAGUACCUCAAGGAGCGCGGCAUGCCUUACGGGGUGUACGACCUGGGCAAGUACCCGGAGGACGGCGACUUCACCGAGUACCUCCGGCUGGAGCUGCAGUACACAUACAGCGGAGACAUGACAUUCGAUCUAGAUGGAGCGCUGUUCCACGGAGAGCCUACCAUUUUCUCGUUCGACAUCCACACUCCUGGAAAUUGA